AAAUCUAGCCAUAAAAUCCACUGUCUCUCUUCCAAAAGUUGAGGAGUCCAAAAUCACCCCUACUUCGUCUAUCUCUACCAGCGACUCUCGUCAUCAUGUACAUACUGGCUCCGACUUGUCGUUACAACUAUCGUCGCAUUUGGAUCAACCAGAAACGGGGGAAGAUUUGGGGGCAUCCACCAUCACUUCAACAACGUUGGUCCGCACAAGGUCACAAACUGAUUCCAUUGUUUCGUCACCAAAUGCACAGGAUAAAUUCAUCAACAAAUUCACCAGCAGCAUGAGCGGUGUGAUGAAAAACUUUCGGCCUGUGAGUGCAUCAUCAUCUAGCUCCUCUCUCAAUGUUCACCUGGAACCCAACGCUUCCAACAAUGGAGUCUCUCAGAAUACCAUUACUCCUUUCAAUACGGGCAGCAACGGUCAAACGGGAGAUAAAAGCAAGCCCUCACUUAACAAGAUGCGCAGCCGUACUACUAGUUUGAUAAAUACUGGCCUAUUUAAUCAGGAGUACUCGAAAAUCGGGAAAGCAGGGCUUCUCAACUCUAUUGAGAACGCCUUUGAGAAUGUUAAGAACAGAAGCCGGGGAAGCUCUUUAAGUGAUCAUUUUCAAAACCGUUCUGAGGAUCAUCAAAAGUUUGCCAACAUUGAUAUUUCGAAACUAGACCGCUUUGGCAAUAAGUCAUUCGAACAGCUCACUGUGUCUGAGCUAUCGCAGAUGUAUCAAAACUACCAGUAUAUUCUAAGCAUGUUAAAUAAGGAAGAUAGCUAAACAGAAUACAUUUUAACACUCAG